CAUAUCCCCAUCUCAAAUAAUUCUCUUUUUCUUCUUCUUUCAUAUCCUUUCACCAUUUCAUUUCUUGUUUCAAACCUUUUCAUAAUACAAAAUACAAAACUAUGGAGAAUAAUGAAAUUAACAACUUCAUCAAGGUAUGGCUUAUAAUCUUACUCUCUUUAUCUUAUUGCUACAUUAUAACUAAACUAAUCUCAAAAGGCAUAAAAAGACUCUUUCUUUUUCUCCCAAUUGUCUCAUUAUUUCUCUUUCUUCCACUAAAUCUCUACUCAAUAAAUUUAUGUGGUGGCACUGCCUUUUUCAUUUCUUGGUUAGCUAAUUUCAAGCUUUUACUCUUAGCUUUUCAAAAAGGCCCUUUAGCUUUAAAAAACCAAUCUUUUGGUCUUUUCAUUGCUAUUGCUUGUCUACCAAUAGAGAUCAAAACGACAAAAGAAACCCCAAAACGACAACUAAUCAAUUUCCCAAUAAAAGCACUUCUUUUGGCUAUUCUAAUUCAAUUCCUUGAUCAUUACAAACAACAAAUUCAUCAAAAUCUCGUUUUGGUUCUUUAUUGUUUUUUGAUUUAUUUACUUCUCGAGAUUAUUUUAGCCAUUACUGCUGGCUUGGCUCGAGCCGUGGUGGGACUCGAGGUCGAGCCACAGUUCAAUGAGCCGUACCUUUCUACAUCCCUUCAAGAUUUUUGGGGACGUAGGUGGAACCUUAUGGUAACGCGAAUACUGCGUCACACUGUAUACCAACCCACUAUUGGGCUUAUCUCAACUUUAAUGGGCCGAAAGUGGGCCUCAAUUCCAGCCAUUAUUGCCACCUUCUUUGUCUCUGGGCUAGUUCACGAACUUAUGUACUUUUACCUGUCGCGCGUGCCACCCACAUGGGAGGUGACGUGUUUCUUUGUUCUUCAUGGAAUUUGUUUAACGGUUGAGAUCAUUCUGAAGAAGGCUUUAGGUGACACGUGGCGGGUUCCUAAAGUGAUGUCGAGAAUGUUGACUAUUGGGUUUGUAAUGUUGACUGGUUUUUGGCUUUUUUUCCCUCAAUUUCUUCGAUGCAAGGCUGAUGUUAAACUCGUUCAAGAGUAUGCUAAUUUUGGUAGUUUUUUGAGAAAUUUAUUAUAAUUUAAUUUUUUUUAUUA